AUGAUCAUAGAAGCUAAUUUUACUGAUGUUCCAUUCCAUGAAGACACAUUUGUGUUUAAGAGAUUUGGAGAUUACCAGCUUGAUUUUCAGGACCAGUGCAGAUUGAGCACAGAUCACCGCACCAGCAAGAGAUUUUGGAGUUUAUACCGCGACUGUAAAUUGAAUUUGCUACCAAAAAGAAUAAUUUUGGUGUUUGGCUGUGGGGUUUGUACAGCUUUUCUGUUAGACAUUGAACACUACACAAGCUCAGGUGCUUUAUCAGUCAAUUUCAAUAGCCUGUUUUUUCCUAUUCAGGCUUGA